AUGAGUACCUCAAACUGGGGCAAAUUCGUCUUGCUCCUGUGGAAAAACUGGAUCAUCACCAAGCGUCACUACCUACAGACGCUGUUCGAAAUCCUCAUUCCGAUACUGGCGUGUGUUCUGCUCAUACUAAUCCGCGGAUUAGUGGACGCAGAACAGUUCCACCAGCCGACCGUGUUCAACCCACUCGAACUGGACACUAUCUCCCACCUUCGUCUCAAUCCUGAGAUUAGCCCGCAAAUCGUGUACACCAUCGGGUACUCGCCUCAGAAUCCGGUUCUCGAGAGCAUCGUGCAGCGUUCGGUGUCAUUUUUGGACGAGAACCUCCAGGUGCUAUCGUUCACCAAUGCGCAAGCCAUGCAGACUUAUAUGCAGGUCAACAAUGUGCUCGUUGGCGUGGAGUUCCCGGACGCUUACACUAGCUUGACACAACUGCCUGACCAAACGAUACUGUCCCUGCGCUAUCCGAGCGAGAUGCGAACGUUCCGCGAGACGGGAAGCGAAUUCUGGAACAACUGGCAGACGGAGCGCACCUUUCCAGCGUUCCAGGUGCCCGGCGCACGGCAGUACGAGCGCGACGAUGCGGGCUACCCGGCCAACUACUACAACGAGACGUUCCUUCAGCUGCAGAGCGCCAUCUCGCGCUCCAUUGUGCUCGAGCGGGCCCCCAACUACCAGCUGCCGGAUGUUUAUCUGAGUCGCUACCCUUACCCACCGUUUUACAGUGAUCCACUGCUGACCGGGCUGGAGAACUUGCUGCCACUGAUCAUAGUGAUCGCGUUUUUCUACACCUGCAUCAACACGGUCAAGUACAUUACGGUGGAGAAGGAGCGCCAGCUGAAGGAGGCAAUGAAGAUCAUGGGUCUCUCGAGCUGGUUGCACUGGUCGGCGUGGUUCGUCAAGUGCAUUAUCCUGCUGCUCAUCUCGAUCUCGAUCAUAACGGUGCUACUUUGCGUGAGCGUCACAGCCAACACCGAACUGGCCAUUUUCACGUUCGCCAAUUGGUUCGCGAUCUGGUUCUACCUGUUCAUCUACAGCCUGGCCACGAUCACAUUCUGUUUUAUGAUGAGCACGUUCUUCUCGAAGGCGAACACCGCAUCCGGCAUUGCCGGGCUGAUGUGGUUCGUUUUUGUGAUGCCUUACAACAUUGUGUUCUCGAACUACGACACCAUGUCCCUGUCGGCGAAGCUGGUUCUAUGCCUCUUCCACAACUCGGCCAUGUCAUUCGGCUUCAUGUUGAUCAUGCGUCACGAGGGCACCACCAAUGGGCUGCAGUGGUCCAACAUGUUUGAUCCGGUCACGGUGGACGAUGAUCUGAGCGUCGGGGCAACGAUGAUGAUGCUGCUGGCCGAUUCCGUGAUUUACCUGUUGAUCGCUCUCUACGUGGAGAAAGUGUUUCCUGGCGAAUACGGCGUGGCUGAACCUUGGUACUUCCCGGUGACGAAAAAGUUCUGGACCAACCGGGUGACCACGGUCGACGACUCGGCCGAGGCGCCCGAAGGAACGGAGAACGUGGAACCGGAACCGGUCGGCAAGCACGCUGGGAUACGGAUCAAGGGUCUGCGGAAGGUGUUCAACAAAACGAAGGCGGCCGUCAAGGGGCUACAUCUGAGUAUGUUCGAGGAUCAGAUCACGGUCCUGCUGGGGCACAACGGGGCCGGCAAGACGACUACCAUGUCGAUGCUGACGGGCGUAUUUUCGCCCACAUCCGGCACGGCCCUCAUCAACGACUGUGAUAUUCGCACCAACAUCGAGGGGGCUCGCAAGUCACUCGGCCUCUGUCCGCAGCACAACGUGCUGUUCAACGAGAUGACCGUCGGGGAGCACAUCAAAUUUUUCGCUCGCCUCAAAGGCGUCCAGUCGAAGGGCAUCGAGCGGGAGAUCGAUCACUACGUGUCGGUGCUGCAGCUGGAAGACAAACGGCACGCCCAGAGCCACACCCUGUCCGGGGGCAUGAAGCGGAAGCUGGCCGUCGGGGUGGCCCUCUGCGGAGGCUCGAAGGUGGUGUUCUGCGACGAGCCCACUUCCGGCAUGGACCCAACGGCCCGGCGUGCUCUCUGGGAUCUGCUCAUCCAGGAAAAACGCGGCCGUACGAUCCUGCUGUCGACGCAUUUCAUGGACGAGGCGGACAUCCUGGGGGACCGGAUUGCGAUCAUGGCCGAUGGUGAGCUGAAAGCGGCCGGUUCUUCGUUCUUCCUGAAGAAGCGAUUCGGGGUAGGCUAUCGGCUGAUUUGUGUGAAGGCGGAUGAUUGUGAAACGGGGCGCGUUACCACACUGAUGCGCCAGCAUAUCGCCAACCUGGAGGUGGACACGGACAUUGGGACGGAGCUGUCGUACGUGUUGGAUGAUGCCCAUACGGGCGUUUUCCAGCCGCUGCUGCAGGACCUCGAAAACCACUCGGACUCGCUCGGCAUCACCAGCUACGGUAUAUCGUUGACCACCCUGGAGGAAGUGUUCCUGCGUGUCGGUAGCGAUUCCCAUACGCUGGGCAAAAAGUCACCGACAGAGGGCGACACCGAGGAGCGGCCCAACACGGUUUACCCAGCGAAUGGAUCGACGAUCACACUCGCGCUGGAGAGCGGCGACUCGGACCUGAAGCUGCUCACUGGGUUCCCGCUGCUCAGGAACCAACUGUGGGCGAUGCUGCUGAAGAAAGCGAUCGCUACGAGGCGCGCCUGGAUCGCGAUGCUGGUGCAAAUAUUCAUUCCGAUUUUCUUCGUCAUCAUGACCGUCGUGAUUGUGCGCUCGACUCCCGACAAUCUCUCGCUGCCACCGCUCACGAUCAGCUUCGACAGUUACACUACGACCGAAACCGUUCUGGAGGGCACGGCAACGGAUGCGGCUAGUCUGGGCGUUAUAGAGGCCUACCAGCAGCUCUUCGAGGGUGCGGGAUCGGAUCGCUCGCUCCGUACGAUCAGCGACCCCAUGGUGGACUACAUCCUGCGGCGGUACGGUGAAAACUUGCCGCAGGUCAACAAUCAGCUGAUGAUCGCGGCGUCCAUUACGCCCACCAACCACACGGUUUGGUUCAACGCGCAAGCGUACCACACGGCUCCGCUCGCGCUAAACACGUUCUACAACGCGAUGCUCCGUUCGGUCUGUGCCCAGUGCUCGCUACUGCUGACCAACCAUCCCUUACCGUUCCGCCCAGAAACAAGAUUCACCCAACUUCAGGCGGGCAACAAUAUGGGCUUCCAGCUGGCGUUCAAUACGGGUUUCGCGAUGGCGUUUGUCGCAGCGCUCUACAUUAUGUUCUACAUCAAGGAACGCGUCACCCGCUCAAAGCUACUGCAGUUUGUCAGUGGCGCCAAUGUGCUGGGCUUCUGGGCGGUCUCGUUCCUGUGGGAUUUCUUCACGUUCCUGGUAACGGUCGCGUUCUACGUGGCUGUACUGGCCGCUUUCCAGGAGGAUGGCUGGUCGACUGGGGAAGAAAUUGGACGGGUGAUCCUUGUGAUGGUGGUGUUCGGUUUUGCGUUCCUACCCCUCACCUACUUGUUCUCGUUCGCCUUCGACAUCCCGGCCAGCGGGUUCGUGAAGAUGAUGAUCCUCAACAUCUUCACCGGAACGAUCUUCUUCAUGACCGUGUUUCUGCUGCUGUUCGACGGCUUUGACCUGAUGCACGUGGCCGAGGGCAUGGAGUGGGCCUUCCUGAUAUUCCCCCUGUUUGCGCUGAGCCACUCGCUGAGCAAUAUGAACAUCGCCGUGGCCACGGCUCAGGUUUGCGACUCGCAGUGCGAACUGAUGCCGGACUGUACGCCAGAGCUGCUCUGCAAGGCAUUCUCGCAGUGCUGCAACACGGACGUGUUCACGUUCGAACGCACCGGCAUCAGCCGCAAUCUGAUGUACCUGUUCGUGGUGGGCUUGAUUUCCUUCCUGCUGCUGAUGUUCGUCGAGUACCGGGUGUUGGAUCGGUUGUUCGGGCGCAAGGCGAGCCGGACCGUGCCGCCCACCGAGGGGGAUGAUACCGACUCGGACGUGCUGGCGGAGAAGAGGCGCGUGCGUGAGCUGAGCGGGGCCGAAAUAGUGGCCAACAAUCUGGUGCUGCGCGACGUGACCAAGUACUACAAGAAGUUCCUGGCCGUCAACCAGCUGUCGCUGGCCGUCGAGCACUCGCAGUGCUUCGGUUUGCUCGGUGUGAACGGGGCCGGCAAGACUUCCACCUUCAAGAUGAUGACGGGCGACGAGAGUAUCUCGCACGGCGAGGCGUGGAUCAACGGGGUCAGCCUGAAGAGCAGCAUGAACGAGGUGCACCGCCGGAUCGGGUACUGCCCCCAGUUCGACGCCCUGAUUGACGACCUGACGGGGCGCGAAACGUUGAAGAUCUUCGCCCUGUUGCGCGGGGUUCCAACGGCGGACGUGGCGGCACUUUCACUGCGACUGGCGGAGGAACUGAACUUCGGGAAGCACAUCGACAAGCAGACGAAGGCGUACAGUGGAGGAAACAAGCGGAAGCUCAGCACGGCCCUGGCGCUGAUGGGUAACCCGGCGGUGGUGUAUCUGGACGAGCCGACGACCGGCAUGGACCCGGGCGCACGGAGGCAACUGUGGGACGUGGUGUGCAAGGAACGGGCCGCGGGGAAAGCCAUCGUCCUGACGUCGCACAGCAUGGAGGAGUGCGAGGCGCUCUGCACCCGGCUGGCCAUCAUGGUGAACGGGGAGUUUAAGUGUCUCGGCUCGACGCAGCACCUGAAGAACAAGUUUUCGAAUGGGUACUUCUUGACGAUUAAGCUAAAACGGGUGGAAACGGCCGACGAGGGGCGGCUCGACAACGUUAAGCGAUACGUCGUGGAACGCUUCCCGAUGGCCCAGCUCAAGGAGGAGUACCUAGAGUCCGUUACGUAUCAGAUCCCGUCCACCAACACACGCUGGUCGACGAUGUUCGGGCUGAUGGAGGAAGCCAAGCGUGUGCUCGACAUCGAGGAUUACGCCCUCGGGCAGACCUCACUGGAGCAGGUGUUCCUGUUCUUCACCAAACUGCAACGGGAAACUAGCUGA